AUGGGAGAAUACUGCGGCAGAGUUGGAGAAAUUGCCUCAGAUAAGACUGUUGCUGCCCUGGGUCGACCUUUCACCCUGGGAAUGCUCUAUGAUGCUCGGAGAGAUCAACUGAUCCCAGGUUUGACAUUGUGGGAUGAUAAAACUCUACAAGGCAAGAUAAGUGAAAGCUCUCAGCGAACCAGUAAGUCUCAUAUUUCGACAUCUGACUCCACUGAAUCCAAGUGCAAGCUGCUGGAUGUUGAAGUUUCUCUGAAGGCCAGUGUCCUGGGUGGACUGAUUGAAUUUGGAGGAUCUGCCAAGUAUCUGAAUGAUCAGAAGAAAUUCUACAAUCAGAGCAGGGUGACGUGUCAGUACAAAACUACCACCAACUUCAAGCAGUUAAUGAUUGAACAACUAACCAUGGACCCCCAACAUAUGGAUGUCAUUAAGAAGAGCUCAGCAACACAUGUAGUCACAGGCAUCCUUUAUGGGGCAAAUGCUUUCUUUGUGUUUGACAGUGAGAAGGUCGAGUCCAGCAGCGUUCAGGACAUCCAGGUCAGCAUGGAAGCUGCGGUAAAUUUGUUACUCGUUAAAGCUGAGGCGAAAACUAAGGUACAGCUGACUGAAGAACAAAAAACCCUGACUAAGAAUUUAUCCUGCACAUUCUAUGGAGACUAUAUUCUUGAUAGAAACCCUGCAACAUUUGAAGAUGCAGUGAAGGCCUACGAACAACUCCCACAUCUACUGGGAGAAAAAGGAGAGAAGGCUGUUCCAGUGAAGAUCUGGCUGAUGCCGCUGAAGAAUUUCCACUCCGAAGGUGCUGAGCUGAUGAGAGAGAUCAAGGACCGUCUAGUGAGUAAGGCAGAGUAUGUUCUAGACGAUUUAAAGGAAAAAGAAAUAAGAUGCAACGAUUCUCUGGAAGAGAAAGUGGUGGGGCAGUUUCCUUUGAUUCGAGAAGAGUUGAGCACUUUCCAAAAAUUGUGUGGUAGUUAUGCAUCUAAACUCCAGCAGGCCUUGGCAAAGACUCUUCCCUCCAUCCGUGAAGGAAAAGAAGAUGAGAGCUCACUAGACCAACUCUUUGAAGACAGAGAGAAGUCACCAUUCAGUCAGGAAAAACUAACCAAGUGGCUGGAUCGUAAAGAGAGAGAAAUCAACAUCAUCAGAUCCUGUGUAGAUACCAUGGAGGGAAUAAAGAUCGUCCCAAAUCAGGCAGAGCUGGACAGACAGGUUCUUGCUGCAGGUGUAGAAGAUGCUCUGUGCUUUGUUUUCACUUCAGUGGAAAGGGGUGAUACAGACCUUGAUGUGAUGGCUGAAUACUUGGACUUCCCAAAAUUAGGAAGCACCAAUGAAGAUCCAUGGUACUACUCAGCUGAGGUUUUCACCAAAAUGAGAGAAAAAGCCAAAGCUUUCCAUCACUUUGCCAAAGCACAGAAGAACAACAGUCGAUUCCGUUUCGUCAUAGCAGCCAUCGCUAACAAGAAACACACAGGAGCAACCAUCUACCAUUACAAGAACGGCAAUCUGGUCACUGAAGAUUUUUCAAAGCCUGUCCUCCCUCCUGUGGAGAACAUCACAGACAGAAGACAACUGAUCUGGUAUGCCUGUGAUCUCAACCUGGACCCAAACACUGCAAACUACAACGUCAUUCUGUCUGAGGGAAACAAGAAGGCAACACAUGGAGCACGGCAGUCAUAUCCUGAUCACCCAGAGAGGUUUACACAAACACACCAGGUGUUGUGCAAAGAGAGCUUAUCUGGGCAACAUUACUGGGAGGUAGAGUGGAGACUGAAUUCUGACAAUCAUUGUUGUGUUAAUAUUGCUGUCGCAUACAGGGAAAUUGAAAGAAAAUCAAACAAUUUAGAGAGCCAGUUUGGACGUAAUGCCUUAUCAUGGGCUUUUGAAAAUAACAAAUCCAACAGUCACACACUUUUUGCAUUGAAAAAUAAUGAGAACGUGUGGAGAAAGCCUUAUCCCUCUGAUGGCUGUAACAGAGUUGGGGUGUAUCUGGACUGGCCUGCUGGCACUCUGUCCUUCUACAGAGUCUCCUCUAACACACUGAGGCACCUCUACACCAUUCGCACCACAUUCACUGAGCCUGUUUACCCAGGAUUCUUGGUCUAUUGUCAACAAAACAAUGCGUAUCUGUGUCCAUUUGAAUAGGAGUAAUGACAAAUACUUCUCAGAUUCUUGUUCUGUCAGUAGGAAUAUGGGUUUACAUUUAAAGUUUAAAGAACAACUGAACAUCACAUUUUAUCUCGACCAUGCUUCACAAAUUUAAACAUUAUAUUCAAACCCAGAGACACCAGCAAAAUUGAUCAUGUAAUCAUCAAGUGAGUGUGUGUGUGUGUGUGUGUGUGUGUGUGUGUGUGUGUGUGUGUGUGUGUGUGUGUGUGUGUGUGUGUGUGUGUGUGUGUUAUCAGUUCAUGUUGAUUUGAUGCACAGCCUUUAUUUAAAACUGGCUUGUACUUUACAAAUGUAUUAUCAGUUUAAACUUUCAUUGCUUACUACUUGACAUUUAAGAUACAGGGCUUAUAUCAAGACUCAAUUGCUUUGUAAACACUUGUAUGUUGAAAUAUAACUCACAGCUCAUGUAAUAGAAGUGGUUUUAUUUAGCAUUUUGUUUGUUUUCUUCUUUGUGAAGUACUGUCUUUAAAUCGUUUCCAGACUACAAGUUUUUCUGUUAAAGACACGUCUGUACUUCAACCUCCACUUUGGGUUCAAUCAUUGACUACUGUAUUGAGGAGAGAGUUGAUGUUAGAUGUUGGAUACUUUGCUGAUGUUUAUAGAGUUGAAGAAAUGUAUUUUCCUGUUAAUCAGUUAAUGUUGAUGUGAAGCACAGCCUUCUUCUCAAACUGGUUAGUACUUUGAUUGCUUGGUAAUUCACAGAUAAUUAUUUUUAUUUGAACUUUUUAUUCUACUUCCUGAUACUUAAAGAUAAAGAGUUUGUAUUGAUACACAAUUGCUUUUUUUAACACUAGUCUGUUGAAAUAUAACUCAUUACUCAUAGCUGAUGUAAAAGAAAAAUGACUAACUUGUUUAGUUGAAAUUAUCAUGUUAGUGAUGGGAUAUAAAUUACCUAAAGUGCAUAUUGUUUAAUUUAGCAUUUUGUUCAUUUUCUUCUUAGCGAUGUAUUUUUUUAAUAUUUGUCUUUUCAGAAUAUAAGAGGAAUCAUUUAGUUUUUCUGAGUCUGUACCUUAGCCUUAACUUUGGGUUGAAGAAAUGUAUUUUUCUGUAAAUCAGUUGAUAUUGAUUCAAUGCACAGCUUUCUUCUUAAACUAGUCUGUGCUCCACAAGGGUUAGGGUUAGCAGUUUAAACUUCCAUUGGUACAUGCCAGAUAAUUCUUUUUAUUGUAACUUUGGAUUGUACUUGCUGAUAAAGAAACAGCUAAUAUUGAUUCACAAUUGCUUUUUCAACACAAUGCAAAAAAAGUCAUGUAAAAGAAACGGGGGAGUCACUGUUAACACCAUUUAGUUGCAAACCCUGCUGCUGUUUACAGAGCUGAAGACAUGUCAGGUUCCUGUGACACUGUAACACCUGUUGGAUAUGUUUCCUCUCUUCUUGAGCAGAAUAUUCAAUAAAGUGGAGACCUGACUUCA